CUGAAAAAUCUACUUGUGGAGUCCAUUGAUAACAACAAUGGGAAUUGUCCAAGUCCAGCGUUCUUUGAUGAAAAAGAGGUUUAUCGCAAUUUUUCGUCUCCUCGAGGACUAGCACUCAUAAUUAAUAAUCGCGUUUUUAAAGAAAUGGUUGAACGGGUGGGGACGGAAGUUGAUGGACGUAACUUGGAAAACCUGUUUAGUCAGCUUUGCUACCAGCUUUGUGUUUUGAAAGAUUUGACGGCAAAAGAGAUGCUUCAAGCUAUUCAGUCUUUUGCCAGGCGACGCGAACAUGGGCUUCUUGAUUCCUGUGUGGUGUGCGUACUUACUCAUGGAGAAAACGACAAACUUUUCGGAGUUGACGAUAAGCCUCUCUCAGUUCAUGAAUUUGUCUCUCAGUUGAACGCUAUAAACUGCCCGCCUUUGGCCCAAAAACCAAAAAUAUUUAUACUUCAAGCUUGUCGUGGAGGUAUGCAUUUUAGUUGCCUUAGGUUGCUUGUUCUUUAUUUACUAAUCAAUGGGUUCUGUCAGUUUGAUGCGAUAGUUUUCAGGUUACCAGUUGAAGCAGAUUUUUUGAUUGCAUGUGCUACAGUACCUGGUUACGUGUCUUGGAGAAAUAAUAUCAGAGGAAGCUGGUUUAUUCAGAGCAUAUGCGAAGUUUUUGCCAAGUUCGCUAAACAGUUAGAAAUUGUAGACAUGCUGACUCUGGUCAACAGACGCGUGGCAGAAGAGUACGAAAGUUCGAGAGAUUCUUAUAAGCAGAUACCAGAAUGUAGCACAAGACUGAGAAAAAAGUUCUUUUUUUUCCCUGGUCUUUAG